AUGAUGGAGACUAUGUGUUUGAGAUCAAAUGUCGGCAAUUAGGUCCAUGUUUUCUCAGAAUAAUUUGGGUAGAAUUUGAGGAUAGAAGGAUACACGAGAUGGGAUAGGCCUUUAAUUUUGUAGUUUGGAAUCCCUUCAUGUUAUAAUCUCAAAGAUUUAACUAUUUAGACAGUUUUACCAAAUUUAUUAAGAAAAUGGGAUUUGGAUGGGUUUUAAUCCUUCCAUUUGUAUUCAAUACAGGAAGUAUCCCACAGUCUAUAAGCGAUUAAGGUUCAUUUGAGAACUUCAAAAAUUAUUGAAUCAUAUAAAAAGAUCUUUUUUAUAGAUGUUGUGUUGAAUCAUGUAGCAAAGGAGAGUGAAUGA